AUGUCUCAAUCAUCUCUGAUCCAAGACCCAGGCUCAAACCAUCCCCUCCAUAAGACUCUGGCUAGUGCAGCCAAUUUGGCGAAUCUUCUACCCACCAGCACCGUCCUCGCUUUCAACGCUCUCAUUCCUUCCUUCUCCAACAAUGGCGUCUGCCAUCUCUCGAACCAGUUCCUGACUCUGUCCGCCAUUCUGGUCUGCGCCGUGCUCUGCUUCUCCUCCUCCUUCACCGAUAGCUUCGUGGCGAGAGAUGGCAAGCUCUACUACGGCAUUGCGACGUUCAAGGGUUUGUACAUCUUCAACCAUAGCCAGUUUGAGGAAGUGGCGGAAUCGGACAAGUACAAGAUCUCCACGAUAGACUUUGUGCACGCGUUCUUGUCGUUGGUGGUGUUUCUGAUAUUCGCUGUCACCAACACCAAUGUUCAGAGCUGUUUGAUGCCGCACGUGGGGCCUAAUGAAAGUGCCUUGAUCACCAACCUUCCCUUAGGAGCUGGGGUCUUAUCCACCUUCCUCUUCACUAUCUUUCCGACCACCAGAAGAGGUAUGGGGUACUCCGACGUGUACGUCGCUGACUAG